CCUCUUUAUUGUAUGUAUACUUGCCACCUCAGAUGCCGACAUGGGAAACCCUGAUCUUUAUAUGAAAAGGUAGAAUACAGUUUUUUGCUUAAGUGACCAAAAUUUUCCAGGACAGUUUUACUUGCUGUUAAGGUUAAAUGAUGGUAAUGAAGAAGCUAUGGGGAUAGAGUAUAAGCCUAUAUGUGCCUCCGUUUGGCUGUUUGAUGAAGACCCAACUGGUGAAAGUCUUUGUUAAUGCAUGUACUGGUCCUUAAGAAUGGUGGGUUCUGUAGUUUCCUAGUUGGUGAAUGGGUUGCAGGGCUUGAAAGUUUGAAAGGAAAGGGUUUUUCCAUAAGAAGCUUUUCGAUUCUUCUAAUUUUGUGCAAGUUACCAUAGAUGAAUUUCUGAUGGUGUGGUUGGUCCAUGGAAGGAAAGGAGAUGCGGAUAUGGUGAGUUGGUGAACUCAAAAUAGAAGCAAAUCUUGGAGGAGACCGCCUUUCCUUGAUAAUCUAGAUUUGCAGAAUGCAGUCUUCUUCUGAUGAGGAGAAUGGGAGUUGCAGAAGGAAGUUUUGAAGAUUUUUGGAGCCUGAGAAAGAGGGAGAAUGCCGGCUGUAUGGUUUGCUCUGAAGAGGUCGCUGCACUGCAAAUCAGAGCCGUCAGAUGUGUAUGAUCCAAAGGCAGGAAGUAACUUGAGCGCCAUUCUGACAAAGAAGACAGGGAGGUCUGGGUGUUCAAGGUCAAUUUCAAAUCUGAAAGAUGUCAUCCAUGGAAGUAAGCGACACAUCGAAAAGCCUGCAACUUGUAGCCCAAGGUCUAUCGGGAGCAGUGAACUCCUCAACCCCAUUACCCAUGAAGUAGUCCUCAAUAAUUCAACUUGUGAACUUAAAAUAACUGGGUUUGGUGGUGCUUUCCAAGAAGGCAAUGGUGGGGGAGGGGCUGGGGCUGGGGCUGGGGCUGGUUCAACCUUUGUGGGUACCCUUAAGCCCGGAACCCCUGGCCCUGGAGGCCACCACAUAGUUCCCUCUCCCAACCCCAGAAGAUCAGCUAGCCAGCCAAGAAGGCCCCCUACUAGUUCUGCUAGUUUUGGUGUUACUGGACGUGGUGUUCCUUCGCAUCCCAGGGCCUCUCUUGGGGCAGCUUCUAAUUCUUCUUCCAGUGUAACCUGCCAUAAAUGUGGUGAACAAUUCAAAAAGUUGGAAUCCGUUGAAGAACAUCAUCUCUCCAAGCAUGCUGUUACAGAACUUGUUGAAGGAGACUCAUCCAGGAAGAUUGUAGAGAUAAUUUGUCGAACAAGUUGGUUGAAGUCCGAAAAUAGCUGUGGGCGGAUUGAGAGGGUUUUGAAGGUCCAUAACAUGCAAAAGACUCUUGCUAGAUUUGAAGAAUACAGAGAAAUAGUGAAGAUCAAAGCCAGCAAACUGCCCAAGAAACACCCACGUUGCUUGGCUGAUGGCAACGAACUUCUGAGGUUCCAUGGCACAACCAUUGCAUGCUCUCUUGGCAUGAAUGGCUCCUCUAGUCUGUGUACAUCAGAUAAAUGCAGUGUAUGUCGGAUUCUAAGACAUGGGUUCUCCACCAAGAAGGAAGUCAAUGGUGGUGUAGGUGUUUUCACCACUUCCACAAGCGGAUCUGCCUUUGAAUUGAUCAAAUUAAAUGAAGAAAAUCAGUCUCUGGGAAGGGCUUUAAUAGUCUGCAGAGUAAUCGCCGGGAGGGUUCACAGACCUUUGGAAAAUAUUCAAGAACUGGCUGGUCAGUCAGGGUUUGAUUCAUUGGCGGGGAAGGUGGGUGUCUAUUCAAAUAUUGAGGAACUCUAUUUACUAAAUCCCAUCGCUCUCCUCCCUUGCUUUGUGGUAAUUUGCAAACCUUGAAAUGAAAGCAUUCAAUUUGCUACUAGGGUAGUUUUUGUGAAUCAUUCCUUUUGCUCUUUCAACUCCAUUCAUGAUUGAAGUCUGGAAUCUUCUCAUCAGUGGAAGCUUAUUUUAUCUGUGCCAUCUUCUCUAUUCUAUAAGAUUUUCUAUUCUUCUCAAC